AUCACAUAAAGAGAAAGUAGCCGGUUGGUUUUUCCCUCAUAUUCUAGGUCCAUCCAACCAAACAAAAUAUUUUACAUUUUUUACGGACGCCGCGUCCAUGAUCCGGAUUACAGACUAUUGGAAUUUUCGAGAGGUAUCAAAAACCAUGGAUUACUUGGAUGAAGGCUUAUUUUCUUGACUAAAAACUUUGGUUUUUACAGUGAGCCAACAAGAAAAUGACAGCUGCUUCGGUUUCUACUUCUGAGCCUCGUCUUAGCGCAGACGGCUCGUCAACCAAGCCACGCGUGCUGAUUACGGGUGCCUACGGCUUUGUCGGGGCUCACAGUGUCAAAACCGCGUUGGACCAAGGAUUUCGCGUUAGAGGUACGGUCAGAGGCUUCAGCCUAGCAGACACGUUAAAAAAGGCUGUUGCAGUCGGGGAUCGUCAUCAAAGUGAAGACUUAGAAUUGGUGAAGAUCGACUUAUCAGACAGCGACCAGGAAGCCUGGAACAAGGCGGCGCAGGGCUGUACCUUCUGUUUGCAUUUGGCGACGCCAGCUAUGAAUAGGAAACCGGAUCCCAUAGAACAGGGAAAAAAUCAUAGCGGGAUGUUAAGCAUCUUCUAUAGAAAAGAGACAUAAAAAUCAUCAGUUGUACAUAUUGUACUAAGUCAGGAUUGAUGCGGAGGCAACUACUAGAAUAGAAUGAGAAGCUUCGGAUUGAAGGCCAGGACUACCUAUUGCACGAUGAUACUCUAAUGUCCUUAUUACUGAGUACGUAGCCGAUGAGGAUACAGUGUUGCGACCGGCAGUCGAGGGCACUGGUAAGGUGCUUCGUGCUUGUGCUUCAGCAGGGGUCCAGAGAGUAGUUUUUUGCUCCUCCACUAGCGCAAUAAAUGCGGGACACCCCAAAGAAAAAACCGCUUUUUCAACAAAAGACUGGAGUGGAGAGACUAGGGAAGCAGACGCUGACCUUCAAAAGCGAACAAUAAACAGUACUGUAGGACAAGGUAAGGAAGCGCAAGCGGGUGGAGAAAGAAUAUUUCUCUACGAGAAGUCAAAAGUAUUGCCAUGUGAAUAAGUAACUUACUUUUGGUUGGCUCAGGUCUUCUGCGAGUAUCUCUAUCUGCAAUUAAUUCAAACUUCGUCAGGGAAAUCUUAGGCAGACUGCCGAAGAGGUUCACAGCAUCAGCGCCAACUUCGUAGAAUGAACGUCGUAAAUAAAAUUGCGCCUGUUCGUCCUAUGCUUGUCGCCAGAAAAUAACAAUAACCACGACUACCAGGUACUAGCAGAGAAGACUGCAUGGAAGCUAGCGCAUGAGUUAGGACUCGAGCUUUGCGUGAUCUUGCCAAGCAGUAUAUGGGGUCCUAACCUCCUCCCACGCGUCUCUCCAUGUGGCGAAGCCGUUCGAAAAAUAGUCAAUCACGAAGUCCCGAUCCUUCCAAGAUUGUGCUUCAAUUAUGCAGUGGGGAGUAAGUACUUUAGUUGAAAAAAUUAUAUAAGUCGACUGUUUAGAAGAGAGAAACUUCUGAGAUUUGCUUUUGCAAGAUGCGUACCGCGAUAGCCUUUGUACGGAAACUUUUUCCCGUAGCUGUGCUUCUAUGAGGACGUCUGUACUCUGGUCGUAUUUUGAGUCGAUUCUUUUCAUCUCUCUGUGUCUCUGUCUAAUCUCCCUGUGUCGAUGUCCGAGACGUUGCGGAACUGCAUGUCUUGGCCUUAAAGGCACCUGCUGCGAAGAAUGGGCGCUUCUUGGCUGAUGCCGGCAUUGCAGGAAGUCUAGAUAUGGAGCAAGUGGCGCAGAUCUGCGACAAAGCUAUGCGACCCUUUGGGUGGUCACCUGUUACUUUAUGAUUGUGAUUGGUCCUACGUCUGAGCGCUAAUUAAACACUGUCGUCAUUACUCGGCAUCACCACCAGUGAGUCGCUUGCUCCACUUGCUAGUGCAUUGAUCUAAUCAUAAUUCCUUUCAAGUACAGUUGAAAGAGUUCUCUAAGUCCCAUAUUCCCGAAUCCUUUCUUCAUAUUCCCGAAUCGGACCUUAUUGGAUUUUUUACUUGUCAGCGCUUUUCCUCCACCAGGCAGCCUUUAUCCUGCCCAACGUGGAGCGGGGUUACAGCUAUGACGCGAAGGAGACGCGUGAAGUGCUCAAGUGGACCAAGUGGCGCAGUAUUCCGAAAGCCAUCGAGGAAGCAGCACUCAGCAUGCAGGACCAAAAACUGUUUGACUUAUGGUGAACAGAGAGUAAUGGGUUGUCUGAUAUGAGUGUUGUCCAAAGUAGUUUAGAGGGUAUGAGUAUGUUUUUCUCAAGAGUUGUCUAUCACUUCAUGGCGACUAGAGUCCACAGUAAAGCGCUUAAAGAGCUUAGGUUUUUGUUUCGUCCCCUCUAAUUUCAGAAUCGUGCAAAUCGUUUUUGGGAAAGCUGGCUACGAUGCUCCACUGCCCCUCUCGAUCGCCGUGUAGAUAAACCCUCCUCUAGUAGAUAGACCCUCCUCUACGAGACGGAUAAGUAAGCCUCCUAGACGUCCCGCUAACACGGAUUAACAACAGAAAAGUAAGCCUUUCUUGGCAGUGUUUAUUAUAUUGGUAUCUAUAGUGAUGUGGAUCUGCUGACUUCGGUACUAUACAGUGAUGUAGGAUACCACCGAAGGAUGCUGUAUGAUAUCUACUUGAUGAACACUCUUGAUCUUAUGACAUGAUCUUUGCGGGUACUUAUUUUUUCCUAUCGCAGAAAUUUCUUAUCAGAAUAAAAUGAACUAUUAUCUGGCACAUCGCUGCUUCUUCGAAC